GAUAGAUUGUCUCGUUCGCUUAGCUUUGGGUCGUCGUGGCGUCCGUGUAAUUGCUACAGUUUUCGAUAAGAUAACCCAAAAGCUUUGUUUAACAUUUGUUGUCGAGGCAUCUACAUCAAGAUUUAUAAAUAAUGGCGGGAGUUGAAAACUAGCUGAACAGAAAUCUAUCGUGAUUCAGAACCGCCCCUGUGUUUGCACAGAUAAACAGCGCGUACGUUUUUGUAGGUUUGCGUAAACAAUGGGGGCGUUCUGAAACACCCAAUAGGAGAGGAUUGAGUGUACCUGCAGGGCUUUCCUUGGCAUUUAAUAGCUGUAGGAAAGUCUCAGCGUUUGGAGGUGUUUGACCUCGACUCUCUCUCCCCUCUCCCUCUCUCUGAAGUCGAGCAAGAAGAAGUAGGAGGCUCACCAUGGCUUGCUGUUAGUUUGGGUCGGGAGUCAGGAGCAACUGAUCAGGGGGCUUUCAUGGUGGAGAGGGAGAGAGAUGAGGGAGAAGCAAUGGCCUUGUACGGGCCACGGCAUGAAGGAGCAGCGGCAGGAGGAGACGAAGCCGGAGAGGCAGUGGAGAAGGAGCAUGAAGAGGCGGAGAAGGAGAAGAAGGACAAGGAGGAGCUGGAAGAGUGGUCCGAGAUAAGGCUGGCCAUCGCGGAGCUCUCCCCGAUCAGCCGCGGCAAACUGUCAUCGUCGCCUCCCACUCUGCCUUUUCUCAGCAUCUCCCUGCUCCUCCUCCAGGUGCUCGAUAAGAUUGGUCCGACAAUGGCUGUGCUGCGGCUCGACGUCCAACGGAACAUCGAGAGGCUGCAGGAGUUAUACUUGCUGGACCCAUCUAAAUACUCCACUUUGACGGCGAUGGUGGAGAAAGAGGCCGAUGAGGGCACGGCAAGGAAGGCCGAUAGCUGUGCAAGAGCUGUACUGUGGCUCACUAGGUAA